ACUUUACCUGGAUUGUUAUCAGUUCAGUAAUUGUAAGGUCCCUUGGCUCUGGUGCAGUUUGGAGUCUGGCUUGAAGUUCUCAAUUACUGCUUACGUUGGUAGUAUUGGUUGUUUCUCAUAGAUGAAAAUGGGUUUUAUUUGAUUCGGUUAGAGGGAAUUAAUGGCAACCGUGAAAUGAGUGUCGCCGUGCUACUGGCUUAACAUUUAGUAACCAAGUCUAUUUUUCCUCGAGGAUUUCAAUAAAUUAUCAUGUCAGGUGUGGGUGAUAUGGAAAAAUGUAGUUCUCUACGGUUGAUGCACUGUAAUAAUUUAAUUUGAGACAUAACUUUGAAGACAGUCAUCCUCUUGAGAUUCACAUUCUCUUCAUGCUACUCUUUCUCUUAUUUUCGACAUCAGGCUAUGAACAAUGGAUAUAGAGCGCAUGCAGGUUCUGUUUCACCUGUGCGCCAUAGGAAUGCAGAUCAUCGGUAUAGUACUGAUUUUGAUCAUUCAGGUGGCCCACCACGUAGUCAUGGAUUUGGUAGCGGUAGAGAUCCUGGUAGACAUCGAGACUAUUCACCCCCUUAUGGUCGUGGGAGACACGCUGGCAGGUUUGUGGGCAGAAGUUAUGAUGGACCUGGUUAUGGUGCACGGCAAGUUAGAGGAGAAGGUCUGCCUAGAAGCAAUCCAAAUGUACGGCCAAGAGAUGGUGAUUGGAUGUGCACGGAUCCCUUGUGUAACAACUUGAACUUUGCGAGACGAGAGAACUGUAACAAGUGCAAAAGGCCUCGAUAUGCACCUCCAGGGAGUCCUCGGAGGGGUUAUCCCAGCCCUCCUCCCCAUCAUCGCAAUCCUGGCCCCCCAAUCAACCGUUCUCCAGGAAGGUUUGUGAAUGGGUAUAGGUCCCCUCCUCGUGGCUGGGCUAGAGAUGACCCCCGAGAUUUCAGAGCUGGGGUUCCUCAUUCCAGAUAUGAAGGGAGGUUUGCAGAUCUGCCAAUCCGUAGAGAUAGGCCUGAUUUUGCUGAUGCUGAUGGUAGGGACCGAAGUAGGUUUGAACGGCCUCCAACCCUGGAUUGGGGACAUAGAGAGCGUGGGAGAGACAGCUAUUUGAGUGAGAGAAAAGGUUAUGAAAGGCGAACACCAUCUCCACCUCAUCCACCAGUACUACCACCUCGUGGCCAAUGGCCCCGUGAUAUCAGGGAAAGAAGCCGUUCUCCAGUGAGAGGUGGACCACCACCCAAAGACUAUCGCCGUGAUAUAUACAUGGGAAGGGGGCGAGAUGAUCGGAGGGUUGGACGAGGUGCAUAUUAGCUGUUGUUGAAAUGAUUAUAUUUGUUGAACUGUGUUUACUGGUUAGCAAAGGUAAAACGACACAAAUAUUUUCCUAGAACUAGUAUUAUCUAAGCACAUAUUUUCUAUCAAGUUCAGAAUCCGUUUAUGUAACUUUAAAUUGUGCAGGCAUUUGCAAUUGCUGAACCAGAUAUAGAUUUUUGGGAAUUCCCUUUGCCUCAAA